AUGGGAAUCUUGCAUGAUACCACUACACCAGCGGCGCUGCUGCGCGAAUACCUGCGGCACAGUGGGAAAAGCGACUCUUUCUCUCAUUUCUCCCCUUUCUUGUCUGUUUUCCUCAACAGUCCAGCCCAGAAACUUGUGUUCAACAGAGUGAACGGCAAAAGACCACAGGUGCUGCCGCAACAUGUUUCAGCCCCUGAUGAGUGCUACACGUUGGCCCAUGAGGAGAAUGUCCGAUUUGUCUAUGAAGCCUGGCAGCAGGUAGAGCAGCAGCUAGACGACAGCCAGAGAGGGGAGAACGUGUGCGGCCCUGUGCAAUACGUAGAGAAAACCCCGAACCCCGGACUGAAAAACUUUGUUCCCAUCGACCUGGAGGAGUGGUGGGCACAGCAAUUUCUGGCCAAAAUCGAAAACUGCUCAUAAAAGAAAAAAGUAACCCAGAAAAGCUAAAAGUAUCUGGUCAGAAACCAGAAUCGACGAGAUUUAGAAACACGUUUUUAAAAAAAUAACAGAAAUCAAGUGACCCACUCUCCCAGCCCACCGAGGACAGCGGGAACGGACCACAGCCAUGCCUGGUCGAGUGCCCCCUACUCCCUGCCUGCCUGUGCCCAGCAUGGGGGCAGAGGAGCUGUGUGUGGCCCCAGCCAGGAUUCCUUAAGUGCCAGUUUUCAGACAGUUGCAGCUCCUGCAGCCUCUAGAUCCCACGGACACUGCAGUGCUGUGCUGGGUGGACAAAAGGGAGGAGUGCAACCCUUCCCACCCUCAUACCAUAGCUGCUGGACAAGACAGGAGGUUCUCUGUAGCCAGGACCGUGAGACAAUAAAGCCCUGAAACUGCCAGUGGA